AGAUUACGCUGGCACAGUCUUAUCUGUGUAGGCUCUCAUCCUACUAGUUCGACGUGUUUCCGUUGCGUACCGAUAUUUCGUAUUUCUCUUCUAUUUUAUUUCUUUCCGGCUCGGCAUAUAGAUAACUUCUCCAAGCUAUAGAGUUCUUCUAUCACCAUGUCGUUCGCGGGGUUCAAAAAACAGAUCAACAAAGCGAAUCAGUACAUGAGUGAAAAGAUUGGGAGCGCUAAAGGCUCACAGUUGGAGGAAGAAUUUGUAGAGUUGGAAAGGAAAACAGACUCAACUGCAAAACUUAUUGAAGAUGUAUUACAUAAAACAAAGGAAUACUUGCAACCAAAUCCAGCUGCUCGUGCCAAGCUUUCUAUGCAAGGGGCAGUUCACAAGGUUCGAGGUGAAGCCCGCAGUACAAGGUACCCCCAACCUGAGGGCAACCUAGGGGAGACCAUGGUGAAGGGAGGCCAAGAUCUGGGAGACACAUCUUUAUUUGGGCAAGCAAUGGUCGAGGCUGGUGAGACAUUCUUGCAACUAGCUGAGGUCAAAGAUGCACUAGAUGCAAAUGUCAAACAGAACUUUUUAGAUCCUUUAACGCAACUUGAAAACAGAGACAUUAAAGAGAUUAUGCAACAUAGAAAGAAGAUGCAAGGCAGACGUCUUGACUAUGAUUGCAAAAAGAGAAAAUCUAAUAAACUGCCUCUUGAGGAUAUACGAAUAGCUGAAGAGAAGUUUGAAGAAUCCAAGGAACUUUGUUAUAACUCCAUGAUGAAUCUUCUGGAUGGAGAGGCUGAGCAGAUAAGCCAAUUGAGUGCUCUAUCAGAAGCCAUCCUUGACUACCACAAGCAUGCCGCUGAGGUGAUGCAGAGCCUUGUGUCCACCUUGAAUGACAGGGUGACGGAGGCGUCCAGUCGCCCUCGCAGUGAGCGACCAUCUUUUACGCCCAAGUUCAAUGAUGAUGAUGAUAGUAGCAGUGGUGGUGGCAGCAUGCCCUCGUUACCUACUCCAACCCCGUCCGCCCCGCCCCCAUCAUCAGGCGGCAAGGAGAAAGUCAAAGCUUUGUAUGACUUUGAGCCUGAAAAUGACGGUGAGCUAGGUUUCUCUGAAGGAGACAUCAUCACCAUCGAGUCCACUGUGGACGAAAACUGGCUGGAAGGCAGUGUACAUGGCCGCACGGGUCUCUUCCCUCGAAACUACGUGGAAUCUAUGUAGACAACACCUGUAUUUGGUCACAGUAUAUUAUUUAGCAAAGAAAUUCUUCACAUAUUGAAAUAGAAAAGGAUCUGACGGGAAUUUACGUUAUUGGUGCAAUUUAAUCAUCUGGUAUAAUCAGAGGGUGUAAUUAGAGGCCAGGUAGGGACCUAUGGUGCGUUUAGCGAGUAGCAUCUAGGAAACAUUAUAAGGCAUGCGAGAAAAGGUUUAGAUAAUGGAAUUAGCAAAUGAGUAUUCCCUCGACUCCCCUCGCAGUGGCGGUCCCAUGGAUCAUAUCGUUGAUAGAAACCAUCAAAGGGCGGAUCCGUCACUAAUAUAUACCAGGGUGGUUCCAUAGGGGAUAAAUGCUUUUUCUUUGAGUGCAAUUAUGUCGCCUGUGUGAUGCGACCCUGAACUCAGUGAUGUCUCCUAUUAGGGUUUAGUCGAGAUAGUGUGGAAAGGUAAAUACUAGCAAAUAGAAUGCUCUGUCAAAAUUUUUGAUCAAUGUUAAUCAGAAACGACUGCGUAAAUAGUA